AUGGGUUGCUGUGGCUGUGGAGGUUGUGGUGGUGGCUGUGGCGGCUGCGGUGGUGGCUGUGGCGGCUGCGGCGGCUGUGGUGGCGGCUGCGGUGGCUGUGGUGGCGGCUGCGGUGGCUGUGGCAGCUGCACCAGCUGCAGGUGCUACCGCGUGGGCUGCUGCUCCUCCUGCUGCCCCGGCUGCCGCGGCUGCUGUGGGGGGUGCUGCAGCACGCCAGUGAUCUGCUGCUGCCGCCGCACCUGCUGCUCGGGCGGCUCGUGUGGCUGCGGGAAGGGCUGUUGCCAGCAGAAGUGCUGUUGCCAGCAGCAGUGCGGCUGUAAGAAGCGGUGCUGCUGCUAG